UUUGACGUUUACAGUUUUUGUGUUUACAGCUGUAGGCGUAGAAAAUCCAUAUAAAUACAAAAGAUCCUUUAAUUACAUAUAAUACAUCAAGACUUUUUUUAUGGUUUUCUUACAGGAUGAUGAAUUGAGCCUCAGAGAAAAUUAGUCUCUGGUGAGAAAACAAUGGAGUCUAUUCCUGAAAUUUCAGGAACAGACCAAUCUCAAUCAGUAUCCCAUGGUUCUGAAGCUAACUCAAAUAAUACUUCCCAAAAGGAUACUAAUGCUUCCCAGGAAGAUACUAUCAACGGAAAUCAAACGUUCUCAUGUCCAGAGUGUACAGUACUAUUUAUUAAUGAAACCGAGUUGAAUAUACAUAAAAUGGUACAUUCUGAAAGGCAUCACUGCUUUGUUUGCAAUGAAUUUAUAAAGAAUCGCUAUCAGUUUGUUGGCCAUGUUCGUAAACACAUGAGUUCAAAACCAUUCCAGUGUCCUCAUUGUGAAAGAUCUUUCACCUCUCAUAGAGAACAGAGACUUCAUCAGAGAGUUCACAAUGAUGAGAGACCGUUUAUGUGUACUGAAUGUGGAAAAUCGUUUAAGACUAGCACUACUUUGAGUGAUCACAAGGUAGUGCAUACUGGUGAAAAGAAGUUCAAGUGCAAGAUCUGCGAAGGCUGUUUUGCAACAUGUACCAGUUUGCGUCGCCACACUCGUGUGAUGCAUGAGACAGUUAGAUCUUUUCCUUGCAGAUUCUGUGAUGAGGCAUUUUCAAGUAAACAGGCGAUGAAACAGCAUUUAUUGAUGCAUACUGAAGUAGAUACUGAUGAUGGUGAAGGUCCAGCUGAACAAGAGGCAAGUGAUUCAAAGCAAGCAGGAUACUGUGAAUACUGUGCCACCAAAACGUACUACUUCAAUUUAAAGGACCAUAUUGAUGAGGUUCACCAACCUAGAACUUGCAAGAUUUGUAACAAUGUUUUUUAUGAUGAGAAGUCUAUGCAAAACCAUACUAAAAGUCAUCUGGAGAUGCCAACUAAAGAAGACUUAACAUGUGGAGCUUGUGGGAAGCAGUUUGAAUUUGCCAGGUAUUUAAAGGCGCAUUUGAAGCGACAUGAAGAGGAUUAUAAAAAAUACAAAUGUGAUAUAUGUGGCAAGGGCUUUUCAUCUAAUAGGGAUUUAAAGGACCAUAUAAAAGUUCACACUGACGUAAAAGACUAUAACUGUGAAAUCUGCGGAAAGGCUUUCAGGACCAAACAGUGUGUGAAGAAGCACAUGCCAAUACAUUCCGAUAGUAGACCAUACCAGUGUAAGAUUUGUGCAAAAAGCUUUAAGAAGUACAGUAUUUUGAGUAAGCAUUAUUUGAGUCAUUCAGGUGAAAAGCCGCACGGCUGUGAGGUUUGUGGAAAAAGAUAUAAGUCGAAAGAAUCAUUAAAGGUACACCAACAAUGGCAUAACCCGCCUAAAAAUGGAGAUGAAGUCAUGGUUGCAGACGAUCCAGAGUAUAUAGAUGAUAUUUCCGAUGAAAACGAGGGAAGAGAGGAUGAAAUAGUAACUUGAAGGAUUCUGUGCCAGUAAUAUUAGACUAAGUACUAGCUAGAGCUGCCUAGGGAAAUAUUUAAAAUGGAAUGGAAAAAUUGUAGCUUUAAAAUAGGAUUAUGCAAUAUGUACAGGUAUAGCUGUAACCCGUAAAUCUAAAGCAGAGUAUUUGCAUGAAGACAUGCAAGGCGAAUAAAAUUAUAGAGAGAUGAAAUAUGACUCCAAAAACAUGGCGUCCACAAAACAGCUGAUGUCGCCUGAACACAAUUAGUUGGUGUUGGUUAUUCCUUUUUGGAUGAAUACAGCAGUGAACGCAUUUUUGUUCAAAUUUAGUUUUGUUUGGACAUUAAUUCAUGGUGGAGAUAUUUAUCAUCCGUUUGCUGCCUACGAAAUACAUUUUUCAUUCAAUACAGUUAGAAUAAAUGUAGUGUUAUCUUCACAGUGUGGCCAUUUGACAACAUCUCGGUACAUGCAGAGCGAUACGCGAAUCGCCAAACUAAGGACGGUCACAUAGAUUGCUGUUUUUAUUUGUAAACCAGUAACACAUCUCGUACUGAUAUACAAUGUUAAAAACCAGUCAAAUAACUAGCUUAUAUAGUAUAUAAGCGGAUUAUAAAGACACGAACUGCCUUCUCUUGAUAUAACUACUCUUUGUUUAAAGUAUUCAUGAAAGUCAUCAGUAAUUUUAAAACUGAAUCUGUUUUUUGGCCAAAUUAACGUUGCCGUCCUGUGGAAAAACGGGAAUGGUGAUCUGUAUUUCUUUAGUGCUGUAUACUUUUAGACUAUCUUUGAAGGUGGUAUCCUGUGUGCGAUAUGGUAGAUAGGUGGUAGCAAAAAUAUAAAUGAUACAUAGAUAUUUUUUAUUUCUUCAUAUGUUUUUAUUUCAUAAUUCUAUUUAUUUGUUUUAGAAAAAAUGAGUAACAUGUUUCAUAUUUCAUUGGAGUAAUAAAGGUUUUCCGAUGUAAAAGCAUGUUUAUUAAUUACUGAUUGUAGCCGGAAUUUAGAAAAGUACUUAUAAUUCAUAGAUAAAUAGCGGGCGUUUCAAUGGACGGCCCUCGUCCUUCCCCAUCUACAGGACCGCGAAGCAUAUGACCUACUCGCGAGGGUCGGAAAUAUUUCUCCAACAUUCGUUUUAAGGUUAGAUAUACG